CUCAGCUUGCAGCUGGAGGAGAGCUGCAGAGAAGGGAAACAACUGAACAGCGGGGAAUGAGAUUAAUGCACAGGUAAUAAUUGGUCGACCACAGUUGGAUGCAUGAGUUAGGAAUUGAAUUGUCAGAACUUGUAGAUUAGAUUAUUGUAACCAGGUGGGAAUAGAUCUGCAGAGGAGGGAAAGCAAGACAAGAUGUGCUGCGUCUGUGGCGCCACUGGUGCGCUGUCUGGGGACAGAGUGAGCGACGGAGACGCGCUGACACCCCGCUUUUAGAUGGCUCCAACAUUUGGGGUGCAAAACAGGUGUCAGGGAAGUGUCGUCACGAACCCCGGAAGCCGGAGGAGGUGGGAACAUCAGAGGGAAAGAUGGCAGCGAAAUCCGAUGGUCGCGGGGUCGUCACCGGUUUCGCCCAGCUGCACAACUUGGACGAGGUGGUGGGGACGGGAGAGGACGACACUCGGAACGGCAGCUCAUUCCACAUCUGCCAUUGCUGCAACACCUCGUCGUGCUACUGGGGCUGCCGGAGCGCCUGCCUGCAUUACCUCCGGGGGAAGGGGAAGGGGAAGGGGAGAGAUGCGGCGCGGCCACCGCAGGAGGAGCGCCUCUGGCUGGACUGCCUGUGGAUCAUCCUGGCGCUGCUGGUCUUUUUCUGGGACGUGGGGACCGAUUUAUGGCUGGCCAUCGACUAUUACCACAAGCAGGACUUCCUGUGGUCAGGCCUGACCCUGUUCUUCGUGCUGGUGCCCUCGGUUCUGGUCCAGAUCCUGAGCUUCAGGUGGUUUGUGCAGGAUUACACUGGGGGCGGACUGGGCUCCGUGGAGGGGCUGAGUAGUCGAAGAGCAGCCAGUCUGCAAAGAGACAGGUGCUGCCGCCUCUCUGUCUGGGUCUGGCAGACCGUCAUACACAUCUUUCAGAUGGGACAAGUGUGGAGGUACAUCCGCACCAUGUACCUUGGUAUCCAAAGUCACCGGCAGAAGGAGAACCAGCGUCGUUUUUACUGGGCUAUGAUGUACGAGUAUGCCGAUGUCAACAUGCUGCGACUGCUAGAGACCUUCUUAGAAAGCGCCCCUCAGCUGGUGCUGCAGCUCUGCAUCAUGAUCCAGAGCAACAAGGCUGAGUGGCUGCAGUGUGUUUCUGCCAUGUCCUCCCUCCUGUCCCUGGCCUGGGUGCUAGCUUCUUACCACAAACUCCUGCGUGAUUCACGUGACGACAAGAAGAGCAUGAGCUACCGAGGUGCCCUGGUGCAUCUGUUUUGGCGCCUUUUUACCAUCUCCUCACGGGUGCUCUCCCUUGCCCUAUUUGCCUCCGUUUUCCACAUCUACUUUGGCAUUUUUGUGGUGCUCCACUGGUGUGCCAUGGCUUUCUGGGUCAUCCAUGGCGGCACCGACUUCUGCAUGUCCAAGUGGGAGGAGGUACUGUUCAAUAUGGUGGUGGGUGUGGUCUAUGUCUUCUGUUGGUUCAAUGUUCGUGAGGGCCGGACACGGUACAGAAUGGUGGCCUAUUACACAGUAGUACUGUUAGAGAAUGCCAUCCUCAGCUCCCUUUGGUAUGCUUAUCGCGACCCAGCCACCACUGACGCCUAUGCCUCUUUUGCCCUCUGUGGCGUCUUCCUGUGCUUUGCCUCAGGUGUGGCCUGUAUGGUUCUCUAUUACGGGGUUCUACACCCCAUGGGCCCCCGGCUGAGGGUGCUAGCCAGCUCUUGCUGUGCUGAGCUGCUGUGGGGCCUUCCAUUACCCCCAGAGGCUGAGCCCAUGGCACCCACUCCAGGCCCACGUGGCUCUCAGGCCACCCCCACACGGGGUCUGGCAGGGGAACAUGAGGAGUCAGAUGAAACAGCCACAGACACCUGCCUUCCGGUUUUCCAGGUGAGAUCCACAGAGCCUGUGGAUGCAGCUGGCAGGCCCAUCCGGCCUGAGGGUCCUCUCAUCAAGAUAGACAUGCCCAGAAAACGCUACCCAGCCUGGGAUGCACACUUUGUGGAUCGGCGCCUGCGCAGGACCAUAAAUGUGCUGCAGUACAUUAGCCCUAAUGCGGUGGGCAUCAGGUAUAGGGAUGGUCCGCUUCUUUAUGAACUCCUGCAGUACGAAUCCUCCCUCUGAACGCAUCACCCACAGCUCUGUCACCUCCUCUUACACACAACAAUGCACACGUGUUUCCUUUUUUUUCAUUCUGCUCUUCCUCCUCUCCAGAUAUUAUCUCUUUCCAUCUGACUCAACUCUCUUCUCUUCUCUCCUCUAUGAUCGUUACAUUUUUCUGCAGGAAAUGUGUGUUUUGUCAACCGAAAAUCUGUCAAGACAGUCUAAACACACAGUCAUGAUUUAUUUUUGGAAAAAACAUACGGUGCAGAGAGAAAAUUAUGAACCUACAAUAUCUUAUAUGAUACAUACAGAAGUCUCAUAUGAAUCCCUCUACAUUGAUAGAGCAGGGUUCUGUAUGAGUGUGUAGAUAACAUAUGAAUGUUUCAUUAUGAAAUGUGUUUAAUGCAUUAUACUGUAUUGGUGAUUCAACCUGUGAAUACUUGUGAAGGGCAUAUUGUAUGUCCCUGUGACAUGGGACUGGUGCAAAGCCUGAUGGGAAUGAUGGAGGAGAGUCUCAGAGGGGGUAGGUCUUUGCACAUCCCUACAUUUACUGCCAUUCUUUAUGUAAAAUAUUGAAAUGUAUGAUAAUGUUUACCAACUCCUUAGCCCGUAAAUUAAAAAGCACUGAAAUUUCUAUCAUCAUACUAUUACAGAAGGACACAAUCAAAGAUGUGUCAAGGAGAAGCAAUUCAAAACGGAUUUUCCCUCUGUAAGCUUACGUGGCUCAAGUGUAUCCUGGCUGUACUAUUUUUGUUCAAAAUCCUAAAUCGUAAUCGCAUCAUGUAUGGAAGAAAAAAGAAGCACACUGACCUUCAAUCAGUUCCACCCACAUAUUAAAUUUUUACGAUGCAGACUGCCCUCCAAUGGAGGCAAGCUGUAACAGCACGCCUUACUUGGUCAUUUCUGCCUGUAGUUGUGACAGCACAAAAUAUUAAGACAAGCACUAGGAGUGAAAAAAACACAAUGGAAGGAAUGUAGAAUGGAGUUGAAAUGAGCACAACAUUUUCUAAAUUGGUGGGUAGAAAUCAUAGCAAAAAACAUUCCAAAGACAUUUUUUUAAGAAUGUAGGUGUUUAGCGAAAGGUAGAAGGGUACAAAUGUGUGUUAACAUGCACGUUUUGUGCAAAGACAGCCUUCAAGGAGUCCUCCACCAUUCCCUUCUGAAUCCUGGAAAGUACUCCCUUAGCCAACCUUCCUAUUUUGUUUUCUUAUCAACAAAAAUGUUUUAGGUUGAUUAAUAUAUGCGUAUUGGGUGCAAAGACUUGUGAUAAGAAAAAAAUAUGACAAAUCUGAGAAGAUAUUUCUAUGCUAUUAUACUUCAGUGCGUAUUUGUGUCCACAUUUAUAGUCAUUGACAUAACUAUAUUUUGCCAGAACACACACUUUUUUACAUAACAAAAAAUGUUGUGCAGUGCAGUGUUGAAAGGUAUACUCCUCAACAUCAGUGUGCCCUCAAAGAGGUUAUACUCUUACAUGGGUGUACAGGGCAACUGUUCUGGCACCUGCUAGCGUAGUUGAAACAAAGCCAAAUCGCACCUUACAGUACUGUCUUUCCAACUUAUCUGCCCCCUUGAACCAGUAGAAUGAGCCCUCGCAAAAUGUGUGCCAUCUAUAGGCCUGCUGUCCAGCAAUUAUACACUGAAAUACAUCUCCCAGCUGAACAUGCGGGAGCUCUCCACUACAUAUAUAGACAGCUGUAUUCACUCAUGAUAAAAGGAAAAGAAAAUUUUAAAAAAACAUGCCUUCUAUGUCAAAGGAGCUUGACUAAAAUUUUCAGUGAGGGCUACUGAACAAUUUAUGAGAACAAUGAAUGCAUUUCAUACUCCAAUUUUAUCUAUUUACUCAAAUGAUUCAUCUGAAUAUAUAAUGUGUGUUUUUUUUACAUAGCAGAGUUUGGCAUGACUUUAGUAUGAGGCAUUAUUACAAAUGCACCCAACAAGCGAUGGCCAAGAGCCCUACACAAAACAGAGAUUCCUUUCUGCUGGCUUGCUGGCUUUCUGCUUAGCUGUGGGCACACGUGCCUGCUAACAUCGUACUGUAAAAGGCAGAUGCCAUGUAAGUCCAGGCCAAAGGUGGGAGGGGGUUUUUGCCAGGGUUGGAAAAGAACAUGAGGACAGAUGUGCUAAAGGGCCUGACUGGAGUAUGGUGGAUGAUUCCUUGUAUGCCUGUGUGAGAAAGAUGAGAUGUUUACCUCUCAGCAUGUACUGUACAACCUACAGUAUGCAUUAUAGGAUAUAAGUAUGCUCACAUGGUGGUGUGUACGCACGCUUGUGUGUGUGUCUCCUCAGCCCUUUCCCACAGUUCUGUUGUCUCACCAAAUGUUCGGCUCCACCCUUGGUUGCUGCUCCGCCCUCUUACCCCAUCUCUGCGGUGCUGGGCCUUGGUACCCUCCAGUGAAACACUCUCACACUCUCUGGUAACUGAACAAAGGGGUUGAGGCUGAACAACUGGAGAUCCUGACAUGAGAACAUGCAAUGAGGUACACUGCCAUAACCAAGAGCUUCAACAUCCAGGGUCUGCCACCCUUCAGCUUAAAAGCGAUGUUCAGCCCUGAGUAAUUGAGAACUGUUUGGUCAGCUAGGGUGGAGCAAACAUCCAACACACCAUAUGUAUAGAAAUACACGAGUAUGCAAACAACCAACUUGUUCAUUGUUUACCAUAGUAGCCAGAGUAGUUCCUCUCUGUUGUAGUGAAUGAACAGCCAUGUUAAUAGUUAGUCAAUGAAUGAAUAAUGAAUUAUAAGUAUUGUUAAACUUUUAAAAAAACACUAAGCAAAACAGCCAAUACAGGGGUUCCUCAGGACCAACAAACAAGACCACUUAACCAGCUGACUCAGGGGUGUCUCAAUGCAGUUCUCAUUCCCAGGCAUGUCCUCAAGGGUCUCCAUUUUUUCCUGAACAUAUUGCAUCCUAGACCACUCCUCGGCUGGGACUGUACCACUAAAUUACAGUUUGCAUAUUUUGUUUUCUUGGUAAUGAUUACUCAUUCG